AUGAAGUACGGAUCACUCCUAGCAAGCAGCAGGUGCCGAUUUGACCCCUGUCUGGCCCCGCCGCGGCUCGGCAGCCCCCCCCCGGCGGCGCCCGACGAGGAGCCGCGCGACGAGCAGGACGACGACGAGGAGGAGGAGGAGGAGGAAGACGCCUUCGCCGCCGUGCAGGUGCCGCCCGCCGCCUUCCUGGGCGCCGCGGCGGGCGGCAGCCGCGGCCGCCUCAACUCCUUCACGGCCGGGGUGCUGCCCGCGCCCUUCGGCCGCGCCAGCCCGCAGGGCGCCGGCGACAGCGCCCUGCCCGGGGCCGCCUUCGAGCUGCAGCGAUCGCGGCGCCGGCUGAUCUCCCAGCGAUCUUCUCUGGAGACCCUGGAGGACAUUGAGGAAAAUGCCCCGCUGCGGAGAUGUCGGACUCUCUCAGGAUCCCCCAGACCAAAGAACUUCAAGAAGGUUCAUUUCAUCAAGAACAUGAGGCAACACGACACCAGGAACGGCAGAAUAGUCCUUAUCAGCAGCAGAAGAUCCUUCUGUAGCAUAUUUUCAGUGCUGCCAUAUCGAGACUGUACCCAAGUCGGGGAUGUGAAGUUGGACGGAGGACGUCAGUGCCAUUCUGCAGGAGUGUGUCUGAAAGAAAUAAUUGGUCUUGAAGGUGUGGAGCUGGGAGCGGAUGGGAAGACCGUUUCUUACACGCAGUUCCUGUUCCCAACGAAUGCCCUGGGAGCGCGGAGGAACACCAUAGACUCCACCUCGUCCUUCUCCCAGUUCCGCAAUGCAAGCCACCGCAGCCUGUCCUUGGCCAGAGCUAACAGCACCCAAGGGAGCAUCGAUGCAGGUAGUGAACUGGGAGACUAUGUUGAAUACGACCCAAAUCUUCUAGAUGAUCCCCAAUGGCCCUGUGGCAAACAUAAGCGGGUUUUAAUAUUCCCUUCAUAUAUGACCACAGUCAUUGACUACGUGAAGCCAUCAGAUCUCAAGAAGGACAUGAACGAGACCUUCAAGGAGAAGUUCCCUCACAUCAAGCUGACCCUCAGUAAAAUACGAAGCCUGAAGAGGGAGAUGCGCAAGCUUGCUCAGGAGGAGUGCGGCUUCGAAGAGCCCACCGUGGCCAUGGCCUUCGUGUACUUCGAGAAGCUGGCGCUCAAGGGCAAGCUGAACAAGCAGAACAGGAAGCUUUGCGCCGGCGCCUGCGUCCUCCUCGCCGCCAAAAUCGGCAGUGACCUCAGAAAACACGAAGUCAAGCAUCUUAUAGAUAAACUGGAAGAGAAGUUCCGGCUGAACCGGCGCGAGCUCAUCGCCUUCGAGUUCCCGGUGCUCGUGGCCUUGGAGUUCGCGCUGCACCUGCCCGAGCACGAGGUGAUGCCGCACUACAGGCGCCUGCUGCAGCACUCCUAGCGCCGGCCGCCCGGCCCGCGGCCGCUCCGGCCGCCGCGCCGGCUCCGCGGAGCUGCCGCCACGACUGGAAACGCACGAGCCGCCUCGCCACGCUCCGCUCGCCCGCCCUUGCCUUGCUCUCUCCAAAAACAGCUUUUGGGGGGGUUAUUUUUCCCUUUCUCCCGCAACAUAUAGGAAACUCCGCGCUGACGUAAGGCUCUGCGCUCUGACAGCUUUCCCUAUGGCUCCUUCCUCGAAGCAGGUGAAGCCCGAGGCGCUGCGUAGUGGUCACUGUUUGCUGGAGCUGGGUGGCCGCCGGCCCUGCCUGCGGGGACUGCGCACGGAGGAGAUAGCAAAGCCGAAGCAGGCACCCCCAGACGCCAAGGGCGGCCUCCACUCCAUCCCCCUCCAUCCCACAGCCCCCGAGGGCCCUCCCGAGCGCCUUCCCCCAGGGCUUUUUCUCCCGGCCUGCUGCGACUUACACGAGGACUUCUUAGCCGCUGCGAAAAAGCUUUUACAGAAGAUUUCUUCACUGUGUCCAAAAACAAAAAACAGAAAAAAAAAAAAAAAGAGAGAACGUGCCAAUCUAUUUUUGUAUCAGCAACUGGAAGUGCACUUUUUCCUGUGGGGUGUUUGUGCGUGUGA